AUGGAGGUCAAUGCAGGUAAGUGAGGCUUUGGGGUUGUCAGGGAGGUCAGAAGCGAGAUCCGACGUGAUGACUGCGGAGCAGGGAGGAGGGAAAGGCGGACCAGGCUUGAAAGCCUUUCCCUUCCCUCCCUCCACUGAUCCCGGAGGGUCAUGACCCCCGAUGCUCAAGCGGAACCCCCCCCCCCAAUUUCAGCCUUUUGCUGCUCUGCCCCCCACAAAAAAGACCGGCUUUUUCUUGCGGGGAAUGUGCGCGCAACGCGGUGGUGGCAGAAGCGAAGCUGCCCUGGAAUUGCCGCACCGUGGUGUGGGAAGGAAACCCCGAGGGUCAUCUAGUCCAACCCCGUGCAAUGCAGUGGGCUUUGUGUGGACUGGCGCGCGCGCCCUAGGAAGGGCUUCCGAGGUCAGGAUGGGGGGUUUUGCAUGCCGGGAGGCAAGAAGCGGCCGGUGUGGGAAACCGGGGCCGAGGGGCUUAUUCCCUCCUUCGGGGCUGACUGGACUCCCCUCUCCCUGGACGGUGUGCGGGGAGACUCCGCGAGGCGGCGGCGUCUAGGGGUUCCCGCGGCGCCUUUUCUCUCUCUUUCCCCGGCCGCCCAUCCAUUUCCCAUCCGGCCGGUUCUCCAAAGCAGCCGCUCACAUGGACCGUCGGGCGAGCCACGUGCGCCGCUUUGUUUACGUUCGGCGCCGCCUGCGCGCUGAUUGGCUGUGACGUCGGGGAUUACACAAUCGGGACGGGGCGGCCGCCUCCCGCUGGCGACCGCGUGGAGAGACACGUGAAGGCGGCGGCGGGAGGCCCUUGUUUUGGUGACCUGCAUCCAGGGGGCGGUGCGGGGAAAGGACACGUGGGGAAGGCAGGCAGGCAGGCAGGAGCCGGCAGAGCGGAUGGAGGAGGAGGAGGGAGGCGCGUUGCAAGACUGCGCCCAGCAGACUUUGGGAAUCUCCCUUCCCUUCCUUCUGCUGCCAGGCGGGGACUCUUCCCUCUCCAGCCUUGCCGGAUAGGAGGAGCCGCCGCCUUGCGAGGCAGGCGCGGCCCCAAGGCGACCUCGCUCCGCUUCGGGAGAUCCGAGUGCAUUCGAGGUUGCGGGGCGGAGCUUCGACGCUGCUCUUUUGCGAAAGCUGCUCUGCCGCAAGCCGGGGAGCGCCGCGAUCCUCGCGCCUUCAAGUCCCUCUGAGUUCAGACAGAUCUAGUAGGAUCGCCCCGAUCCUCCUCCGUGGCUACCCAGAAGCGAGCCUGCCCCUGCACGUGGCUGCUACCCCAGAUGUUAAUCCCCCCCCCACCUUUUUAAUGGAAUAAUAGGAGGAACGCCUAGCCUGAGGCUGCGAUCCGAAACAACCGCACUUACCUGCGAGUAAGCAUCACUGAAUCCAAUGAAUAGUUUCCGAGUAGACGGGUCAAUGGCAAGGUCAAUGCGGCGACGUUUGCAUGGAGACUCGGAUCAAGGAAGAGGCGCGCGCGCGCGUCUCCUCGUCCCCAAAAUAGGGGGUGCCAUGGGCGCAUGUUUGGGGGGGCAGGCUUUACGUAAGGAGGGACAGAAGCUCAGUUAAGAUUUAUUUUUACUAGAUUUAGGGCUGCCCCCCUGGCGUAUUUUUAUUCGGAAGUAAAGCUUGUGCUCGGAGAGGUUUACUCUUUAGUUAGUGCACAUUCAUCGGGUAUCUGAACCUUAGGGACGCUUGAGUUCCUCCUCCUCCUCUGCCGGCUGCUCCGCAGCUGCCUUAAUGCUAUGGAAAUCGAGGCUGGCUAUUGGUGCAGCUGCUUCUGUGUGCGCGCAUCCAUGUGACACCGACCGCCUAGCUCUCUCACAUGUACAGACGACCCAUGUGCACAGCUCUCGAAAUGUAACAGGUCGGAGGAGAGUCAUCUUCCCUGAUGGCUGAGCUCACGGAAUAGGCAAGUCAGGUGGUGCAACACGAACAGAUUCCGGAGGGACUUACAUAAUAACUACGGACGUUGGGCAGUUUGCCUGAGGCUAGGAGGAUAAGAACGGUGUUAUGUUUUAUAAAAGUCUUAUUCAAGGACCAGAGGGGAAGUGCUGCUUCCUCCACCAGUCCUGAAGCCGAAGGAGACAGGAAGGGAUGGAAAUUACGAAAUUCACCCUCCCCAAAUCCCUGUAAUAAAAUAGACUGAGCCGGCAAAAUUCAUGGAACACUGAUUAUAUAACAACAUAGCUUCCUAAAGCAAUGAACUUUGUGAUAUUCAUUAUUUAUGACUACUUUUGUUAUGUUUGUAGUUGUGUAAUUUUUUUUAAUAUGUUAUAAGCUGCCUUGAGCAUGGUUUUAACUUUGCAAAGGUGCAUACAAAUAAAUUGAUAAUUUGAGCCAAGGGGAGAUGUUGGAUGACUUGAAAAGGCUUUUAAGCCCAAUAAUAGCAAUCAGGUUCUCUUCAAAAUGUGUUUGGUAGGUCUCCUAGAUAGCAACAAACAAUUAACAAGGUUGAAGCCACUUAAUACCACCAAAUAAUUAUGGGGCGGAUCCUCUCCUGCUAACUGCCCCCAAUUAAAUAUAGUGCGACCGUCUCGAGGUACACCAAUUACACAAAUUUCUACAGUUUACCACAGAUUAUCUAGUGGGGAAAACUUAAAUGAUUUAGAGUCUCAGGCAGGAGUUGAUCAAACAAACAAGAAAUGUUUUAUUAAAUAAAAGGAAGUUUAUGAAACCAAGUGCAUAAGGAAAUGUAGAAGUUAAUUAAUUUACUUUAACUAUUAAGAUGUGUCAGGUUUAAACAGAAUAUUAUAGAUACAACUCUUCUUAAACUUCAGUUACUAGAAAUCAGUUGCUACACUUCGGGUGGUUAAAUAUUCAGGUUUCCAGAAUAGAUUCCAAAAUGCUUAACUCAGUUUCUGUCACUUAGAUAUUACAGUUAAGUACUUUCAACACCGUACCGCUUCCUUCACAGCUAAAUACUUUGGUUCAUGAGCGAGGGCACUUUUCCUCAGUUACCCACUCUCUUAAUCAAGCACCCCCAAACUGGGCCCUCCACAUGUUUUGGGACUACAACUCUCAUCAUCCCUAGCUAACAGGACCAGUGGUCAGGGAUGAUGGGAAUUGUAGUCCCCAAACAUCUGGAGGGCUGAGUUUGGGGGUGCAUGCUCUUAACCAUCCCAUACCUGAGGUCUUCUAAAUGGUAUAACAGACCUAGGGAAUCACCCCAUCCCUUGUUACUGGUUUGGGAGUUGUCUAGUUCCUAGAAGAACUCUCCCCUUCUGGCUAUACUGACACCCAGGUAGCCUGAAUUCCCACAGGAUCUACCUCUCCCGGCUCAAACUCAGCCCUCCCAGAACACUCCUGUCUGUAUCCCUUUCCCUCAACCCAGACCCUCAACCCGGUCUCCCUAUCCAAGCUACGAGGCUCUGUCCUCUCGCUAUGGAUAAUCAACUCAUUCUGUGUGUUUAACUUAACUCAGAACCAGUUCUCCGUAUCUCACUCCCGAUCGCCCAACCUGAAACCUGUCUAACAUCUCAAAUCUAAUCCUAUUCCUCUUCUCAAAUCCAGCCCAAAUCUCAUCUUAAAUCCAGCCCUAACUAACUCACUCUGUCAGAAAACUGCUCCUUUUAUUCCUACCCCCAAAGUGCUGUUCCUUCUAGCUGACUCUGUAGCCAGAGGCUCCUGCACUCUGGUGGAAUUUGGGGGGGACUGCAUCAUCAGACUCUGAUCUGGCUGUGCAGGCCGUCACAUGUGCAUGUAUAACAAAAAUAGGAAGAGCUUUGCAGGAUCCGAUGGAGGGGCUUAUCUAGUUCCACUUCCUGUUUCCUGUAGUGGCCAAUGAUAGUUUAUGGGUUUCCCCCCUCUCCAUUAGCUGGUAUUCGGAAGCACUCUUGACAAUAGACCCAGGUUUCCCAAAGUUGGGUCUCCAGCUGUUGUCGGACUACAACUCCCAUCAUCCUUAGCUAGCAGGAGCAGUGGCCAAGGAUGAUGGGAGCUGUAGUCCAAAAACAGUUUGGGAAACCCUGAUUUAGAUUAUCACAGCUGGUAGACUUAUCCUCCAUGAAACUGUCUUAACACAAGGGUGGUGGGCAGCCUAUAGCCUUCCACGUAACGUUGGACUUCAAGCACCCACCAGCCCUAGCUUGCAUGACCAAUGGUCAAGGAUGAUGGGAGUUGUAGUCCAGAAAUUUCUGGAGGGCCAUACAUUCCUCAUUUCUGGUCUAAUCUUUUUACGGCCGUCUUAGCUAGUAAACACCAACCACAUCUUGUGACAGCAGAUCCUCUGUGUUAUUUAUGCAUUCCAUGUACUUUCUGCCUUACGUGCACUGUCAGUUAAUGUAAUCAAGUGGUUCCAAAUUGCGGUGUUGCGAGAAAGAGAGAGAAAUGUCCUUAUUUGCUUUCUCUACACCAAUCACAUGUUUGUCAUAGCAAUGUAAUGUUCGUGUUCUGUCCUGGCCACCUUUUUUUCCCUCCGCUAAAAAGAAAGUGUUCUGAAUCCAGCACUAUGGAUGUACAUAGCACUGUGUGAAUAUACAUAGUGCUUUACAAAAAGCAGUCUUGACAGGUCCCUAAAAAUAGACACAGGGAAACAGGAGGAGGAGGGGAAUCACCUUGUAAAAGUACAGAGCAGAGGAGAAAGCAUUAUGGAAAGGUACAAUGCUAAUGGCUAUUUUAUUUUCACUCCCAUUCCUAAUAAUUCUUAAAAACGGAGUUUGCCUUUCUUGCUGCUAUUGCAAAUCUAGCUGAUAUUUUCACAAAGCUAUCUACCGUGACCCUACUAGGAUCCUAGUCUCACCCAGUUAAGGUCCCCUCUUGUGUAUGUGUGAAUUUAUUUUCUCUGCACCGUUCUCCGUGCACCAUUCUACAUUUAAAGUGAACCAUGAACUUCAGUUGCUGUUUUGUUGCCCAUUCAUUUAGUUUGGAUAAAUCCUUUUAGAGCUCUUCAUAGCCUCUCUCUCUCGUUUUCAUCACCCUGAGCAGUUUGUUGUGAGCAAGAUCCUUUGUGAAUAUGAAACAGCACCCCUCCUAAUAGAGAUCUUUGGGAAUGUAAAUGUUUGCUUGGUCCCAGGGGGGUCAUUGCCCUAUAAGUCCCAACUCCAUGCUUCCUAUUAUUUAGCCUGUGUGUAGGUUGUUAAGCAUUUCCCCUGCCUGAGUCAUAGUACACAUUUACACAUGACUGCUUAUGUGUAUGUUAAACUUCCUUACUAAACUGAUAUUGAGACUAUGCUAGUAGGUUAUGUAAUGACUUCCUGGCAAAGCACAUGCUCAGUAAGCUAUAAUUAAUAAUUUGCAUUAUUCUGUGCACAUGUGUCCAUCUCUUUUCACACGCAAAAGCAGCAUUUUUCACAUGACACUGCUAGGAUGUGGGUUUAUAUAUGUCCAAAUUUGAACGCCGUUGAAAGCAUUUCAUGUUUUAUUUGAAAUGGGGCUUCUCCUUUGAUACAAAGCUUCAUUACCAAAUGUGUCACUGGAAUGCUAAUAAUUCUCCCUCUCCGGUCUUAAAUAUAAAUAAUUAUGGAGCCCCAAGCCUUACGUAAUUUUCAUUGCGGCCUAAAUCUACUUAUGUCAUUGGUACUAUCGUGGUUACUUAUGAAUUAGAGAUUUCCAAUGACAAACGUUAACCUGGCAUAUGUGAAGAGGUUAGGACUGUGCCAUGAUUUUAUAAAUUAUUCCUUGUGGCGGGCAAUCUCAAUGUGAAGAUAUUUUCUUAAGGAUUCUUGAGAAUCACAAUGUUUGAAGGACAUUUAGACCUCAAACCUAUGCACAUUUACUUAGGAGCAUGAAUUUAAGAGGGAACAUGCUCCCUGAAAAUAUAUUUUACCUUCUCUCUUCUCCCCAAAUAUACUUCCUAGUAAUGCUGCUGUAGAGUACUGAUAAAAUGUGAAUCUAAUAGGUCAGGAAAGCAGUUACAGAGACAUUAACACAAAAGCGACAGCCUUCAAUAUAAUGCCUGAUCUCCCCAAUUUCAAGUAAGCAUGUUCCGGAUUGCUGCCUUGGGGCUGAUUCACACAUGACAAAUGCCACAUGGUGGCUGUCACCAUGUUGCAAGCUAUUCCACUGGCGGCGGUGGCGUGCCCUGAGAAUGGGGGUGAUUUUUCUUUCUGGCACUUGCCGGAACCUGGAGAAAAUGGGCUCAGUCUGCAAGAUCAGCUUCUGCACAUCAGUUGUUGUGAAGAAGCCUGUAUGAUAUGAUAGUAGGUGUGGACUUAGGUGUGCGUCGGUCCGUCCCCCCCCCCCAAUUGCACCAGUCUUUGCUUUAGGAAACAGCUAAUGUUGGAUUGUGGGGUACUUCCAAAUGGGGCUGGAUUUGCAAGCAAGUUCAUUUAAUGCGGGACGCGGGUGGCGCUGUGGGUUAAACCACAGAGCCUAGGACUUGCUGAUCAGAAGGUUGGCGGUUCGAAUCCCCGCAACGGGGUGAGCUCCUGUUGCUCGGUCCCAGCUCCUGCCAACCUAGCAGUUCGAAAGCACGACAAAGUGCAAGUAGAUAAAUAGGUACCGCUCCGGCGGGAAGGUAAACGGCAUUUCCUUGUUCUGCUCUGGUUUGCCAGAAGCGGCUUAGUCAUGCUGGCUACAUGACCUGGAAGCUGUAUGCCGGCUCCCUCGGUGAAUAAAGCAAGAUGAGUCGGCCACAACUGGACCUAAUGGUCACGGGUCUCUUUACCUUUACCGGUCAUUUAAUGCAGCAAAUGGUUUGUUGGCAACAGGGUUUUGGGUUUCUUGUUUUUAUUUUAUUUCCCCCGGGAAGCGGAAGUCCGCAUUAAACGGGGAAGGGGGACAGACUUUGAUGCCCUCCAAAUUGUAGUCAUGCAUGUGUGGGGAGUUCGAAUCCCAUGAUAAGUACCCAUUUGGAGGCACCCACAAUAAUCUUAAAGUAGAAUGCCAGUCUCGUGUCUUCACAGAAAAUGUAAUUAAAAUAAGGCUCUUCGACUUGGGACUUGUAUAUUCCAAGAGAGGGGAAAGUUCAUUUGUAGGUUUUGAAAUUCUGCUAAUGGAGAAUUUUCCUUUUCCCCCUUUGCAAUCACUGGAAAGUGGCUUUUCCACAUAAUAAUAAACAAAGGGAGAGAAGCUAAGACAGAAUCCUAACAAUAAAAAUUUGAAAGCUGUGAGAUGUGUAAGUUCACUUAGAAAAAUGAAAGUGAGAAGCAAGCUGGUUUCAAAAAGUACAUUUUUAUAUUAAAAAAAUUCAUUUGUUCUAGAAAUUGUGUUCUCUGAGGGGUUAUUCAGCUGUCAUAUGACCUGAAAAUGGGGAUCUUUUUCAACACACAAACUGACUCCCAUCCGUGUAUAACUGAAGAUGCAUCUCUCAAGAACAUUCACUCUUAUUUUGCAAGGUAGAAUAUCAGGCAAAAAUUUCAAAAGCACUUAAGUUACUUGGGAACCUGCAUCCUUGUAGAAAGCCUGUGGGGGGAUGCAGGCGCCAAUGGCCACAAUGAUCAAACCACUUGCUUUGGAGUCGUCCCAUUGUUGACCAUAGGACUUCUUCAGAGUAAGUUCUGAGACCAUCGCAGCCUGAGUUUAUUUAUGUGCUUGUGAAAAAUUUACCCUUGGGGGGAGUAUCUGUCCCUGAUUGUCUUUCAUUCAUUCCAAAGAACCCAGGGAAUUGUCUUUCUAUGAAGGGGAACUAUGAUUGUUGAACAAAAGGCUCUCUACAGUUCCCAGGGUUCUUUGGGAGAAGCUUUCAUUGUGGAAUUAUUAUUUGUAGAGAUACCCAUUUGUCUUUCGAAAAGCGGCAGAAUUAUAGAGGUGCGCCAAGCAAAUUGCUCCAUGUUUUUCUUUCUGUUCAUCCUUCAUGGAUGAAAAUACUUCUUUCUUCCUUUUUGUUGUUUUUGAGACCGUGCCACUUUGAUUCCCAGAGGGAGGCCUGUCAGUACACAAUGGGGCUGCAGCUAAACCCGCCAUGGAGCCUGUUAAGGAACCAUAUGCAAGCUCCCCUGAGCUCCUUUUAGUGGAAGAACGUGAUACAUGUGAAAUAAAUAAGGAUUAUAGUUUUUGUUGGUGCUAAGAGUUAUCUAUUAUUUAUUUGUUACACUUUUAUAAUGCUUUUCUGUCAACACACUUGUGCACGUGUUUUAAGCUUGCUGUCUCAUAGACAUGAAAGAAAAGGAAAAUCUACCUGCAGUCUCAAGUCUUGUCUUGUCUUGUCUUGUCUUUUCUUCUAUUUCUAUGCUGCUUUUUAUUCAUAUAAAUCCCAAAGCAGCUUACAAACAAAAAGAUAAAAAUAAUAAUGGAACAUCACACAUACAGCAUAAAUCGUAUAGAAUACUUAACAAGUCUAUCCCACCGAUUCCCUUUCUUCCAAUCUUUCAGAAACAAAAGCUAUCAAAUACUUGCAUUUUCUACUUUCCGUUCUUAACUAAUUUCAUAGACUGUGUCUUGUUUUGGAACAUAUUGCUAAAAGCAAGACAACUAUAAUAUGUAUUGUGAUCCGAUUCUGAAAACUAGAAAGGCAUUCGGGGAUUGUUUACAUGUGGUGCGGGAGAGACUUCUGGAAGUGGAUUGUAAAGUGGAUCUGUGAGCUGGUAGACGUAUUCCUGCUUCCUUCGACAGGUGGUGUGAUUGCUUACAUCAGUUCUUCAAGUUCAGCCUCUAGCCCUGCCUCGUGCCACAGCGAGGGAUCGGAGAGCAGCUUCCUGUCCUCAUCACCUGUACCGCAGUCACCAAACAGCUCCUCUUCAGACGGCAGCUCUAGCAGCAAGAGCAAAGAGGGCUCUGAUGGAGUACCAAAGAAUGACCAGUUAGAUGACUGCGUUAAGGCCAGCCAGCCAAGUGUAACUGCAUUGGCCAAGGGUCAUGGUGGACUUACAAGUAAGUAUUCAUUUGUAGUAGCUCUGCUUUUGUUUAGGCUCAAUUCAGGCAUCAUGUUUCCAGUCUAUGGUUGGGAGAAUGGGAGGAAACGUGCUUAGGGCUCCAUCUUCUCCCCUGUGCUUUGCUACUGGGGCUGGUCUGGGUUUGACUACAGAUCAGGAUUUUUCAAACUAUGGUUUGGAGACUCUCCUAGUUAGCACUAUCCAUAUUUAGUCCUGAUUCAGGCAUAAGGGCAUGCUAUGCUUAUAGCAAAACCUAAAAGGGAGAAGCUGGAGGAAUAAGCCUCUAAACACAUUGGGAAUUCCCAAUCUCCAAACCAUGAUUGGCAAACAUAACACCUGAAUUGAUCAUUGAUAUGUUGUCCACACUAAAUAAAUAUAUUUGUCUGCGGCCUGAGGGCAUCCUUCUGCCUAGAGCCUGUAGCACUUAACAUUCAGUGCUUAACCUCUGACUUCCUUCCUUCUAGAUAGACUGUAGCUCUGGUUCUCAACCUCUGGCAAACUGGAGCUCCUGCCUCACAGUGCAAAGUGGUGCCAACAGGCCAUGUUGUCCUGUGGUCCACAAGUAAGUUUAAAAGUCGAGAUCUGACUAUAAAAGGACCCCCAGACUUGUCCCCCUCCAACCAUCCCAGUUAAGCAACCUUCCCCAUUUUGAGGCCAUCGAGGCUUCCAGUUGUGUAAAAGGUUGCUUUUAUACAGCUCAUGAUGUCUUCUUACAGUAAAUUUGAAGCAAAUUACCGAACAGAAAGUAGGUAAAAGUUUGGCAGCACACUGUACACGGUUAGUAGUGGGAACACCAAAAUAAAACUCAUCAUCCACAGAUUCUAUCUUCCAUAGUGCUAGAUUCAAUCUGUAACAGCACCCAAGUUUUCCUGUGUAUAUUAUUUUAAAUGUAGAAGGACUAUAAGAUGCCAUAUUCCAUACUGGGUCCACCUCACCCAAUACUGCCUAAUCUAACUGGUAGCGCCCCACACCCAGUCUCAGGCUAAGGUCUUUCCCAUCCCCUAGUAACUGAUGCUUUUGAAACAGAGGCAUCUCUGAGGGAAAAGUGCGUGCUUUGCCAUUGCACAAAUUGAGAGUUGCCUGUAUGCAAUUUUGGCUUGGGCUGCUAUCCCAGAACGUAAUCCCAGUAUAAAAUCCUGGCUUACUGUAAUAGAACAUGGUUUGGUUUGGGUUUUUUUUUUUUAUACAAGAUUUCUUGUGUGGUUUUUUUUCCAGAGGCCAGCAGCAACUUGGUUGUUAUCUGUAGAGCUAAAUUAGAAAUAAUUUUCCUCGAAUUUACUUGGUGCUGAAGUGGUUGCUAAUCUUCCUAACUGUUGAUUCUGUAUUUGACUCUACUUGGAAACUGUUUCCAACAUGAUUCAUGGAUAACAAGAUUUUCAUCCUUGAUAAAGUCAGCACCCAGGGUGUUUCUUUGUUUGCAGUUUGGUGGUACAGUCAUACCUUGGGUUAAAUAUGCUUCAAGUUGAGCGCGUUCAAGUUGCGCUCCUCGGCAACCCGGAAGUAAUGGAGCAUGUUACUACCGGGUUUCGCCGCUUGCGCAUGCGCAGAUGCUCAAAAUGACGUCACACGCAUGCACAGAAGCGGCGAAAAGCGACGCGUGCGUGCUCAGACAUGCCGUCGCUACUUACGUUUACCUCUAGAUGCGAAUGGGGCUCCGGAACAGAUCCCGUUUGUAUCUAGAGAUACCACUGUAUAUUUGUGUGUAUACAGUAGUAUAUUGGUUGUCGAACGGCUUGGUUCCUGAACAAAUCUGCUCCCAAACACCACAAACCCAGAAGCGACUGUUCCGGUUUGCAAACGUUUUUCCGAAGCCGAAUGUCUGACGCGGCUUUCGCGGCUUCCAGUUGAGUGCUGGAAGCUCCUGCAGACAAUCGGAAGCCAUGCCUUGGUUUUUGAGCGGUCCGGGAGUUGAAUGGAUUAAGUGUAACAACCAAGGUACCACUGUAUCUACAUCUAUAUGUAUAUGUACACAAAUAUUGUCUGUGGAUAUAUACACACAUACACAUUUGGUAGUAAAAAGAUUGCCCUAGGAUACAGGUUUCAAAUAACCUCAGGGUAAUAAAAAUAAUAGCGGGACACGGGUGGCGCUGUGGGUUAAACCACAGAGCCUAGCACUUGCCGAUCAGAAGGUUGGUGGUUCGAAUCCCCGUGAUGGGGUGAGCUCCCGUUGCUUGGCCCCUGCUCCUGCCAAGCUAGCAGUUUGAAAUCAUGUCAAAGUGCAAGUAGAUAAAUAGGUACCGCUCCGGCGGGAAGGUAAACGGCGUUUCCUUGCGCUGCUCUGGUUCGCCAGAAGCGGCUUAGUCAUGCUGGCCACAUGACCCGGAAGCUGUAUGCCGGCUCCCUCGGCCAGUAAAACAAGAUGAGCGCCGCAACCCCAGAGUCGGCCACGACUGGACCUAAUGGUCAGGGGUCCCUUUACCUUUUAAUAAUAAUAAUAAUAAACUUCAUAUGACAAGUCAUGGCCAGCAUUUGAAUCCUACACAUUUGUGAAAGUGUGUUUACUAUGAUGGCACCAACAUAUUGCAGUGCUCACAUUUUUGUGUCACAAAGCAGAUGUAUCUGUUUGCUGUUCUCUGAUAUUUUGCCUUGGUGCUACGAUUUUGUGAUGGUACUAUGAUAAACAUGCAGGCUGAAGACAGCAAAAGGCAGAGGGAAAUUUAGAGACAGUAUUUUUUCUUUUUUUAGAGUAGUUCCCAAGUGGGGAAGCAUCUCUGUGAUGGUCACAUGCAUGGUUAUUCUAUGCAGGCUUCCUAGAGUGGUCCUAAGGCAAGGAAUAGAAUCCUGUGGCCCUCUCGAUGUUGUAAGAUUCCCAUCAACCCUAACCAUUGGCCAUGAUGACUGGGGCCGAUAGCUCAGUUCUUGAGUGACCAUAGCCAGCCUAUGGUCAUUAGACUCCCCAACUCCCAUUGGCCCCAGCUUAAUGAUCUGAAUGGUCAAGGAUAGUGUGAAGCAAGAUGUCGAAAACCACAGGUUAGCUACUCCUGCCCUAGGCCAACUACUAAAGCAGGCUUUCCUAAACUUGUGUCUCCAGCUUUUGUUGGGCUACAAUUCCCAUGAUCCCUGAGCACUUGUCCUGCUUGCUAAGCAGAUAGGAGCUGUAGUCCAACAACAGCUGGAGACCCAAGUUUGGGAAUCCUCGCUCUAAGGCCUAGAUACCAUUUUGUUUCUUAGUUGAGGGAAUCAACAAAGUGGGAAGACGUGUGGAAUUCAUAUUACGCCCAUCUUGUAAAUAGUGAUAAUGAUAAUUGUUUAUUUAUGGGUUUCCCCAGCCACUCUUGGCGGCUCCCAACAGAAUAUUAAAAACACAAUAAAAUAUCAAACAUUAAAAACUUCUCUAAACAGGGCUGCCUUCAGAUGUCUUCUAAAAGUCAGAUAGUUGUUUAUUUCCUUGACAUCUGAUGGGAGGGUAUUCCACAGGGCGGGCGCCACUACCGAGAAGGCCCUCUGCCUGGUUCCCUGUAACCUCACUUCUCACAGUGAGGGAACCUCCAGAAGGCCCUCAGAGUUGGACCUCGGUGUCCAGGCUGAACGAUGGGGGUGGAGACGCUCCUUCAGGUAUACUGGAAUUUGCCUCUUAACAAAAAGAAUGUAAUGUAAGUCAAAUAUGUGUUGUUUCUAUUAGGUUGUAAUGCUUAUUUUUCUAUUUAUAGAAUUUAAUGGUAUGGUCCUGCUGUGUAAAGUCUGUGGAGAUGUUGCUUCAGGAUUCCACUAUGGGGUCCAUGCCUGUGAGGGGUGCAAGGUGAAGUAUAAUUUUAUAAUGUGAAUAUCUUAUUGGAGCAGUUGGCGAAUAGAAUUUCAGGGACAAGUGCAGAUGUACCUGGUGGUUGGGGGGGGAGCAAAUGUUUGUUGCAGCUCUAAAACCCUAACCCUACAAGCUUUAAAACUAUCCAGAAUCUCCUAAGCAAGUCUUGUUAUUGUGACCUUCCAUCCUUUGGGGGGUCUCAAUGUCCAGGACUUGCAAUAUUGGAAUGCAGUGCUUUUUCUAUUAAAAAAAUAUGUUUAAGGGUACACUCAUUUUCCUACUCAUAUUGAAAUACUGCCCCUCAAUGAGGCCAAACUUGGAUCACAAAAUGUUGAGGGGUAUGCGUACCUCAAGUGACGCGGGUGGCGCCGUGGGUUAAACCACAGAGCCUAGGACUUGCCGAUCAGAAGCUCGGCGGUUCGAAUCCCCGCAACGGGUUGAGCUGCCAUUGCUCGGUCCCUGCUCCUGCCAACCUAGCAGUUCAAAGGCACAUCAAAGUGCAAGUAGAUAAAUAGGUACCGCUCUGGCGGGAAGGUAAACGGCGUUUCCGUGCGCUGCUCUGGUUUGCCAGGAGUGGCUUAGUCAUGCUUGCCACAUGACCUGGAAGCUGUACGCCGGCUCCCUCGGCCAAUAAAGCGAGAUGAGCGCCGCAACCCCAGAGUUGGCCACGACUGGACCUAGUGGUCAUGGGUCCCUUUACCUUUACCUUUAUGUGUACCUCCAGAAAAAAAGCACUACUGAAAUGUGCUUGGUUGAAAAGCUGCUGCUUGGGGACAUCAGUUGGCAUGUUAUUGUCAACAGCCAGAUUCCAGGUUACAAUGCAAGUUUCUGUUGAUGGGGCAUGCUUGAAAAUUGCUUGCAAAAAAAAGGUGGUUUGAAACUUAACAGUUGCUUGUUCUUUUCAGGGCUUUUUCAGAAGAAGCAUCCAGCAGAAUAUCAAAUACAAGAAGUGCCUGAAGAAUAAUAACUGCUCUAUAAUGAGAAUGAAUAGGAACAGGUGCCAGCAGUGCCGGUUCAAAAAAUGUUUGUCGGUUGGGAUGUCAAGAGAUGGUAUGUUUCUAUAUUGAGAGCAGUUAGCUUCAAAAAGGUGAAUUGUAGUGCUUUUCAUACCUAAUUAUAAAAGUUGGUCUAGAGCAGGUUUUUCCAAAAACUUGGGUCACCAGCUGUUUUUGGACUACAGUUCCCAUCAUCCCUGACCACUGGUCCUGCUAGCUAGGGAUGAUGGGAGUUGUAGUCCAAAAAAUAGCCGCAGACCCACGUUUGGGAAACCCUGGUGUUGAGUAAUGGUGUGACAUUCAAACUGAUUCAAAUGUCACCUCAACCAUGAACUUAUGAGAUGCCUUAAUGACAACCUGCUAUUUUUUUUAUUACACUCCUUCCUUUGGUUGGGGGGGGGCAAAAUUGGGAAAAUACUGACAGAGCAUACAGGACUGUGGUAAGGAUUGCAGAGGUAGUGCAUGUGAAGCCUGGUAAUGAGCUUUCUGUCCGUGAUAUAAACUGUAUCCAUUGCACUGAGAAUGGACAAUAUACCGUACUUUUCCGUCUAUAAGACGCCCCCCCCCCCAUGUAUAAGACAUCCCCAAUUUUGGGGGACUCAAAUUUAAGAAAAUGGGGGGAGAUGGCACAGAGUCGUUGAGCUUUACGUAGGGGGGAUUGGCGAAGAUUGCUCACGCAUCACUAAGUCCGCCUCCCGUCUGUCCCAUCGCUGGCAGAAGCUGCCAAUCACCCAUCCAACUACCGGAGCGUCAGCCAAUCAACACCACCCGUUGACGCAGCAACCAAUAACAUGCACAAUAGCCCCUGACAGCCUCGGCAGCAACCAAUCAAACGUCCACCCUAUGCACUAACCUUGUAUAAGACGACCCCCACUUUUUAGCAUGAUUUUAAAAGAAAAUAACCUAGUCUUGUACACGGAAAAGUACAGGAAAUGGUGAAACAAUAUGCAUUAAUUUCUAAGGGGAUUGAGAGUUUAAGGGGCCUUGGGAGGAAACACAUGCAAACCAGUCCUACAGCUGGGAGGCAAUAAUAGUGGUUGUCCAACCAGAAUCUGAUUUUGCUUGACACCAUCUUUUCCCCAUAUUGGCAGACCGGCAUAAGGGGCUGGUUUUCUUCUCCCUCAAGCCAACAUGUUUUUAUACUUUACAUGAGCUGCUAAACUGUAAGUGGCCAUGCCUUUUUAAAACGACGACAUAGCUUGUUCUUAGCUACACAAGUGACGGCUGUUACUUCUUCCACUUGCAGCAUGAAAACUGCUUCCUGCUUCGUGUUAUUGCUUGUGUUUGUGGGAAAGGAAGUCAAAGCAAUCUCUUACCACUGCAAGUUGCGAAAACACAUUGCUAACCGGGGCAGCCAAUAUGGGCUGCUUUCUCUGGUAAAGUUCCUUAGGCGGCUUCAAGCCCAGGGACGCCUCCAUUCAGACAGAUGAUCCUUUUACGACUUUAUUUACAGUGGUACCUCGGGUUAAGUACCUUCAUACUGUUGUGGCUUACGGCCAAACAAGUAUGCACUUACUCAAGACUCAUAUUAAUGGUACUAAAUGCAAAAGGUAUGUCUCUCCCCCCCACCCCCAAAGUCGAAUCAAAAAUAUAUUAAGGUCUUCCAGACACAGCCAUCGAGAGUUGAAUUCUGGCCCUCCUGCAACUUUAUGCAAAGACAACGCUCAAGCACACUUCACUGGGGAAACCCAGCCAGAUGGGCGGCGUAUAAAUUAUUUAUUAUUAUUAUUAUUAUUACUACUACAGUGGUACCUCAGGUUAAGUACUUAAUUCGUUCCGGAAGUCUGUUCUUAACCUGAAACUGUUCGUAAUCUGAGGUACUACUUUAGCUAAUGGGGCCUCCCGCUGCUGCCGCGCCACCGGAGCACGAUUUCUGUUCUCAUCCUGAAGCAAAGUUCUUAACCCAAGGUACUAUUUCUGGGUUAGUGGAGUCUGUAACCUGAAGAGUAUGUAACCUGAGGUACCACUGUAUAUGCAUUUAUAACCUGCCUUUCCUCAUGUGGCUGGAAGGUGGGUUACAUAUGGGUCAAUUCAACCAGCAAAUCAUGUAAAAGUUCCCUCCUUUUUCAUGUAAUCAUGUAAAAGUUCCUUCCCUUUUCAAAAGCAGUUUGCUGUUUGGCCUUGUAGUCGAAGCUCCUUUUUGAGAAACCACACACAUCUGAAUCUGCUUUGGGCUCAGAGAACAAGUAUCAUAGUCCCCUAGUCCUUGUUUGGAGAACUACCGUCAAAAAUACACUCAUUGGUUUAAUCAGUGGCACCAGUGCUUUUUUUCCUACAAACAUAGGUGCUGGUACUUACUGUGAAGUUGUUACAGUAAGUGCCACACUUUUUAACAACAAAAAAGAGGUGCCUGUACUGCGUACUCCAGUAAAAAAAGCACCGAGUGGCAUGUGAUUCUCUGUGUUUUGAUUAGUUUUUGAAGCAGGAGAGAGUUUUGUUUGCUUGUACAGCAUUUCCGCUAGAAUUUGUCAGCCCGCGUGUAGCUAAAGUGUCUUGUUUUGGUUUUGUUCCUUUUCCGAAGCCGUUCGAUUUGGCCGGAUUCCUAAACGUGAGAAGCAGAGGAUGUUGAUCGAGAUGCAAAGUGCCAUGAAAACCAUGAUGAACACCCAGUUCAGCGAUCAUUUGUCCAGCGAAGCCUCGAAAGAGAGCCAAGAACCUUUGCUUCUGCUGCCUCAAGAAGAGCUGAGCGCCAAACGGCAAGAAGAGCAGAAAAACGCCGGCGGCCGUUCUUCUCCUCCUUCUCCUGCUCUCCUCCUCCCCCCUCCUCCCCCUCCCCCCUCUGACAUUGCUAAGGAAGAAGUGAUUGGCAUGGUGACCAGAGCCCACAAAGAUACCUUUAUGUACAACCAGGAGCAACCCGAAAACCCUCCCACUCCUGGGCAGCCCCAGAAUAUGGAGAGAAACCUAAAAUACAGUGGUGGUAGCGAAAGCAAUAAUAGUGGCAUAAGCUGCGCCCACCAUGGUGGGAAUGAACAACAUUUCAUUGGACAACACAAAGGGCGAAACGACAUGCAUUAUCCAAAUGGGCGUAGUAAUCUUUGCUUUACAAACAGCCAUUCGGUGAACAUUGCUAAUGGCGCCGCCUCAAAAAGUUGCAAUGGUAGGCCUGAAAGUGGCUUUCCUCAGCAUGUGUCUAUGAACGCUUACCCCUGCAACCCCGGAGAAAGGAUGCACCUGGUACAACUAAUUCUUAAUUUCUCUUGCACAGUUCUCUGAGGGAUUGUUACUUGGCGUAGGUUCAGACUAGUCACAUGGGCUGGGAGUGGCUUCUCCGUGGGACCACCUUGUUUAGUGAAAUAACAAACUUAGGGUAAUGACAACAACAAAAAAUACGAGAGGGAGAUUACUGAGUUUUGGGGGGUGCCAAAAUCAAUUGGCCCAUCGCUAAAAGAACCUCUUUCCAAUUGAAAAGAAAAGUAUGGUUGGGAAAAUGACUGCUGGUGGGAAAUGUUUGCCAUUAUUGUGUGUAACUGAGGUAUAUUUUAUGAAACCUCAACCCCAAAUAUGGUUUGUUUCUAAUCUUGGGAAGCUUCUGCUUCUCGUUUUUUGAUCAAUCCCAGUUUGCUGUGCUAUCCAAACUCGAAAUGUAGCCAGCUGUAUAAACUAUGGCAUGAGGUUGCCUUGUUUCAGCUAACAAGAGUUAAAAUUAACCACAGUUUGUCACAACUUGGCAAACUCUGGUUAAUCAAAAAUGGAAGCAGAAGUGAACUACUCCCCGCAAUGGCUCCAGAAGAGGGAGAAGUGCUCAAACACAAGCCUUGGCUAGUCAUAUUGUUGUAAUGCUAAAACUUGUUUAGCAUGUGUAAAGCAGCCUUAAGGUGCUCUAAUGUGUCUCCCCCCUUUAUAGAAUUCAGUCAGUUGGGUAAUAAGACUUAACUGUCAUCUAAUGAAUUGUGAAUUGCUAGGAAAAUUAGUGUCAGUGAAACUUAACCAGCUGUGAUAUUUCACCAAAAACUUGGUGAUCAGGCUCACAGUAUUUUUACUUGAGAAUUAAAUGCAACUUUUAAGCUUCUCUCUUUCUCUCAUGCUUUGUAUGCCAUGUUUUUAAUGUGCAUUGGAAAGCAGAAGAGAGAUCAAAUACACACGCAGAUUUCAGGAAGAUGCAGCCGACCAAUUUAAGCUCUGAUUUUAAAAAUUGCUGAGUCUUCGAAGUGAAUCUUUCAUAAUAAUAUUUUUUCAUUAAACUGUACUGUAGAUCGUAACACACAUUUAAUUUUAAUCCAGGCCUCACACAUUUAGUACCUAGUCUCCAAAUAUAUUUUGUUGAAGUUCCUUUAUUGUAAUAAUAUAUGAAGAUUUUUGAAACUAUGAAAUCGCUUGGCCAGUUUGCUUGGAAUAGAAUAUUGAGACUGUGUGUAUAAAUAUCUAGGUUUGCCCAAUGAACAAGACUCCUUUUGUGGACCCAAAUAAGUCUGGUCAUGAAGUCUGGGAAGAAUUUUCCAUGAGCUUUACUCCUGCUGUGAAGGAAGUGGUGGAGUUUGCCAAACGUGUCCCAGGCUUCCGAGACCUUUCACAGCAUGACCAAGUAAACCUUCUGAAGGCUGGAACCUUUGAGGUGAAUAUUAUCUUAACUGAAUGUAUUGCAGAUGUUUUGCUGUGGCGUGCUAUAUAUAUAAUAGAUUCAUUUUGUUUUGACCUUUUCUUCCCCCCUGCAGCCUUGUCGGUUAAAAAUGGAUCAAAAGUUAGUGCUGCUAUUUUGAUGACUUUGGUAGUUGUCUGCAGCAGUCGUCCGAAAUGUUUGGCAGAGGUUAUCUUUGCACAAAACUAUUGCUACUUUGGCUUGUUCUUCCCCUCAGGAAUAUGAGUUCAGUUCUCUUACCCUCUUACCCUUACAGAAUGACAGUGUGACGUAGCCUUAGAUGUGGGACUGUGUUGAAUCACCUAACAGAUAACAGAUUGAGGUUGAAUCCUGACAAGACAGAAGUACUGUUUUGGGGGGACAGGGGACGGGUGGGUGUGGAGGACUCCCUGGUCCUGAAUGGGGUAAUUGUGCCCCUGAAGGACCAGGUGCGCAGCCUGGGAGUCAUUUUGCACUCACAGCUGUCCAUGGAGGCGCAGGUCAAUUCUGUGUCCAGGGCAGCUGUUUACCAGCUCCAUCUGGUACGUAGGCUGAGACCCUAUCUGCCCGCAGACUGUCUCACCAGAGUGGUGCAUGCUCUGGUUAUCUCCCGCUUGGACUACUGCAACGCGCUCUAGGUGGGGCUACCUUUGAAGGUGACUCGGAAACUACAACUAAUCCAGAAUGCAGCAGCUAGACUGGUGACCGGGAGUGGCCUCUGAGACCACAUAACACCAGUCCUGAAAAACAUACAUUAGCUCCCAGUACUUUUCCCAGCACAAUUCAAAGUGUUGGUGCUGACCUUUAAAACCCUAAACGGGCUUGGCCCAGUAUACCUGAAGGAGCGUGUCUCCACCCCCAUCAUCCAGCCCAGACACUGAGGUCCAGCUCUGAGGGCCUCCUGGAGAUUUCCUCACUGUGAGAUGUGAGGUUACAGGGAACCAGGCAGAGGGCCUUCUCGGCAGUGGCACCCACCCUGUGGAACGCCCUCCUGUCAGAUAUCAAGGAAAUAAACAACCAUCUGACUUUUAGAAGACAUCUGAAAGCAGCCUUCUUUAGGGAAGUUUUUAAUGUUUGAAGUUUUAUUCUGUUUUUAAUGUUCUGUUGUGAGCUGCCCAGAGUGGCUGGGGAAACCCAGCCAGAUGGGCAGGGUAGAAAUAAAUAAACUACUAUUGAAAUAUUUUCAAAAAGUAAUUUGUGAUGGCUGGGGAAUAAAUAAUAAAUUAUUAUUAUUAUUAAUAUUGUGACACCACUACCCCGCCCCCCUCAAGGGACAUUACAUGUGAGUUUAUGCUCAACCACACUUAGCAUGUUCUCUCUCCAGAGCAUACAUGUAAUGAUGUAAGCUUUGGUUUUUGACUAAAACCCGUUCUGGUAAAUGAUCUAGGCCAAUAAUUCCCAAUUAGCUAAGUACGGUGAACCCCUUGUUUUUCAAGAGCAAGAGCAGACUGCAAAUGUGGGAGCAGGACGUGCAGGGAAAUGUUCCUUGUUUCUGGUUUUUUAAGCCAAAAUGCAGUGGAAUCUCAGUUGUCGAAUGUAAUCUGUUCUGGAAGACCAUUCAACUUCCGAAACAUUUGACAACCGAAGCGCAAUGGGUGGUCUGAAAACACAACUGAGAAAAUUGAGAAAUGCGGCUCAGAAGCUGUUCAACUUCCUUAGGCGUGUUUAAAAUCGGAAGCAGUUACUUUCGGGUUUUCAGCAUUCCAAAACCAAAACGUUCAGCUUCUGAGACGCUCAAAAACCGAGGUUCCACUGUACUCCUUUCUGCAUUAUCUUUUUAAAUCUUUUUUCUUUUUUGCUUGAAAUCAGUUUGUAUAAGUGAACUCAUCUCAUCCAGACAUUUAUUGUGAGAAUAUUUUAGCCUGUAUAGUGUUCAUAUUUACUUUAGAAAACCGCGGAGGGUGAUUUAUAAACAAAUGAGUAAUAUAAAAGUAGGCUGUGGACCAGAGACAGUAUUACACAGGUGGAGGUAUGUUGGUGAUGCAGGAAGUUUUCUGUGCUGGUCAUUUUGUGGGGAAACCUGUUUUCAUGUACAGAAACAACAUUCCUUCUGUUUAAAAAAGCAACUGUACUUGUUCAUCAGCUGUCAGACAAGCAACAUUAUCAAUGUAUAGUGUUACACACUGACUUCUUUUAUCCCUAAAGUCCUGCAGAUUGGUCUAAUCUUUUUUUAAUUGCUCUUUUUUCUUUUGGGUAGGUUUUAAUGGUACGGUUUGCAUCCUUAUUUGAUGCAAAGGAUCGCACUGUCACUUUUCUCAGUGGAAAGAAAUACAGUGUGGACGAUCUGCGUUCAAUGGGAGCCGGUGAUCUGCUCAACUCCAUGUUUGAGUUUAGUGAGAAACUAAAUGCCCUGAACCUUAGUGAUGAAGAAAUGAGCUUGUUUACAGCUGUGGUCCUUGUGUCUGCUGGUAAGAAAGUUAAUCCAUACCAUGGAAUAAAGUAUUCUUGUAUAUCUCCAGAUUUAAAAUCUCCAGAUUUAAAACCUUUGUCGUCUUUUCAGAAUAAAAGAAAUCUAGCUAAUGGGUUGGGGAGUAUUGUUUAUUUUUAUAAAUAAGUGGGGGUUUCUUCAGAGCACCUGAGAAUUAUAUCCUUCCGUAAAUUAUGUGGGGUGGAAGAAUUUCAACAACAGCAGAUUUUCAAGUGCUUUAUUUUUCUGUUCCAUUAGUAAUAAUAAUGCCAGCUUCUCUUUUGCCACUUUUCAUGUGUGAUUUUUAUCCUUUUACUGUUCAUUCUUUUGUUUUAUGUUAAGCGUCAAGGUUUUUCUUUAUUGCAAAUCGCUUUUGGCUUUUUGAGAAAGCAAUAAAUACAUGGUUAAGGGUUACUGUUUGUUAAGCAACCUGAGAGGAUGCGUUCUCAUUGACAUGCAAUGCUGCAGAAAUCGCACCAACGUACCCUUGCAUGUCAGGUGGGUUCAUGCCAUCAGCUUUUUGGUUGUUUGUUUUUGCAAUUUCCCCUCACAUUAAUCCUAAUGGGAAGGAAAAAUAAGUUUACUCCAGGUCUCAUGUACUUCUUCCUCUCCACUUCCACCACCUCCCCAAAUCCCAUGGAAUGGAAGCAUCUCCUAAUCCACCUUGGAAUGCCUCCUUUUUGCCCCCUCUACCAACAGAGCACCAAUGACGGAGGAGGAACAGCUGCAGAGGCUUUUGUAGCAUGCAAGGAGAAUGAUAAUAAAUAAUAAUAAUAAUUUAUCAUUUAUACCCCGCCCAUCUGGCUGGGUUUCCCCAGCCACUCUGGGCAUCUCCCAACAGAAUAUUAAAAACAUGAUAAAACAUCAAACAUUAAAAACUUCCCUAAACAGGGUUGCCUUCAGAUGUCUUCUAAAAGUCAGAUAGCUGUUUAUUUCCUUGACAUGUGAUGGGAGGGCAUUCCAUAGGGUGGGCACCACUACCGAGAAGGCCCUCUGCCUGGUUCCCUGUAACCUCACAUCUCGCAGUGAGGGAACUUCCAGGAGGCCCUCAGAGCUGAACGAUGGCGGUGGAGAUGCUGCUUCAGGUAUACUGGGCUGAGGCCGUUUAGGGCUUUAAAGGUCAGCACCAACACUUUGCAUUGUGCUCAGAAACGUACCGGGAACUAAUGUGGGUCUUUCAGAACUAGUGUUAUGUAGUCCCAGCAGCUGCUCCCAGUCACCAAUCUAGCUGCUGCAUUCUGGAUUAGUUGUAGUUUCCGGGUCACCUUCAAUAGUAGCCCCACGUAGAGCACCUUGCAGUAGUCCAAGCAGGAGAAUGCUUUCGUACAUGGGCCUUUCUCCACCUAUGGAUCUUCCUCUCUCUGUGAAGCAGGGGGUGCCCUCCCAGAGACCGUCGUAUUUCAGACAAAAGGCUUGUCCACACUUUCUAGGCACUGUCCAAGAGGUUUUUCCUUUGUCCUGCCACUUUCCCCAGGGGAAAAAAUACCCACUGUUUACUGCUGAAUUGGAAGAAGCAUUAAUAUGCAGAAAAGCCAUUGGCGUUUGUUCUGAUUCAUCAGUAAACAGCGCGGUUUCCUUGGGGGAAAUGGGGCAAAAGAAGAAACCUAAAAAUUGAACGCGUAAAAAUUACAGGGUAAGUGUGGGUGAACCCUUAGUUGCUGCAGAGCUGUACAACAGAAGAUAAAGUAGCCCCGUGUACUUGGCAAGUAGAGCAGACAGGUCCUCAUUCCUGUUCCCUUUGCAUAAAAUUCCUCUUGCUACAAAAGAAGAGAACUUCUGGAUUGUUCAUAGCAUCACAAAAUAAGAGGACACUGCUCUGCAUUCCAGGUGUACCUUUGAGAAAACCCACUAAAAUAAAUGAACAUUAAGUUAGUCACAUUCACUAACUCCAGUGGGUUAGUUUGGCUAACCUUGAAUACAACCCUUUUGACUUAGGGUAGGAUUUUUUUGUUAUGUGAGGAUGUUGAGAAGUGCUUUGCAAAACAGGCACCUAACUAAAAGCUUCAGUAUGUAGGUUUAUGCCUCCGUUUGUAUUACCUUUUCAUUAGUCAACCCUGAAUUCCCACUAACUAACACAAAUGCUUUGACGAAUAGCUGAACGUAGAGUUGAAUUUCAUACUAACCAGUGUUAAAUUGGCACACCAAAUAACCGUCUCCGUUCCGUUCUCUUCUGUUGUUUAGAACGAUCGGGAAUAGAAAAUGUCAACUCGGUGGAAGCAUUGCAAGAAACACUAAUCCGCGUGCUUAGGACCUUAAUCACAAAAAACCAUCCGAACGAAGCCUCUAUAUUUACAAAACUACUCUUGAAGUUGCCUGACUUGCGUUCCUUAAACAACAUGCACUCUGAGGAACUCCUGGCCUUUAAAGUUCACCCAUAG